GCUACCCUAUGACCUGACCUGUCAAGCACAGCAGACCCACAAUGCAUCAUCGCAGCAAACACAGCUCGGCCAUGUUUGGGCUCUGGUCGUGAAUGGAAGUCACUGCCGCAUAGAAGCUAUUCCCUUUGUAGUCUCACGUUUUGUACCGUCAAAAUGGUGUAAUACUAACGAUUAAAUGCACUUUCCCGCCUUUGUAAUUAAACUGUAAGCGGGACGAGCCUUGCACCAUGUCAGCCAACGCUCAGGAUUAUGACUUCGAUGAAUAUGAAAAACCUGGUGCUGAGCGGUUACGCAGGAGGAGAGGAGAAGAUGAUGAUCUAGAGAGUGAUUUGGAAGAGGGUUUGUUGGAGGAGGAUUGGCUGUCAGGUAAAAAGAAUCCCUCAGAAGUGUCUGAUGAAGAGCUGAAUGAUGACCUUCUACAAAGUGAUGAAGAUGAAGAUGUACAUAUAAGGGGUCAGGAUGUGAGCCUCAAUGCCACAUACAGCAUGGGCACAUCCUAUGACCAGCAGGGCAACGUGCAGGAAGCAGACUACACAGGUGAUGUUGUGAACCUGGGUGAAGAACGGGAUUUAGAUGAGGAGGGGUACCAGCAAGAGGGGGAAGAGGAGUACACGCAGGAAUACAGCCAAGACAGCAAUGCAGAGAUGCCUGAUGACCAAAUGGACUACACUGGAGAGCUAGCUGAGGGUGACGAUGGCUACCAGGAUGAAGUGCUAGACAUCCAAAUCAAUGAGCCCAUAGAUAAUGAAUUUCAAGAUAGUGAAUACCAAACCUAUGAUGAUGAUGAUGAUGAUGAUGAUGAUGAUGAUCGUCCGGGUAAACAUGGAGUCCAACAGGAGGAGGUCCCAGAGGAGCAGAGGGAGGUAGGGGGAGAAGAGGAGGAGGAAGACACGGCCGACGGCUCUCAGGUCUUUGACACAGCGGAGGUUGAAAAUGAAGGUUUGCCUGAAGAAGAGACGAAGGACGAAUCGGACGAGGAGGAUGAAGAAGAUGAAGAGUCUGGUCGCAUAAGGUUUAAAUCCGAGAGAAAGGAAGGGUUUGUUGUGCGGUUGGCUGAUGCAGGCAAUAACAGGAGGAUUAUCCCUGAAACACUAGAACUGUCAGAAAAGGCUAAGCACGAUCUGAUGGCGUUUGAAGAACAAGAACGGCAAAAGAAACAAAACCGAUAUGGAGGCCGAGGUAUGCGAGAAGGAAUGCGAGGAGGCAGAGGAAGAGGAGGCUUCCCACCAUUUGGAAUGGUAGAUUUUAGAGGAGGAAACAGAGGAAGAAUGAUUGGCCAGAGGCUCCCCCUGAUGGGAAACAUGGGCAUGCAGCAGCCAUCUCUCCGAAUGACCCUUCCUCAUGAGCAGCAACUGCACUCCCACCAGCACCACCCUUCCCAUCCAAGGGGACCUCCUCCCUUUCAAGACCAUGGGCGCCCACUGGCUCAGCAGCCCCUUCAGCCCCUCAUCCCCCCACACAUGGCUCACCGCUCCCCGCCGUUGCGGCCCCAGAUGGAGCCACCACCACGAAUGAUGAGCUCCCCGCCACCCAAUUUCCCCCAGCAUCACCAACAGCAGCCUCCACAGCCCAAAAACAUCCACAUUAACCCCCAUUUCAGAGGGCCCACAGCAUCCUCUGUACAAGUGCCCUUGAUGCCUCCUGCUCAGAGCCAGCCCAGACCUGCUGUGGGUCCUCAGAGGUUCCCUGGACCAGGAGACUUCCAGCAGCACAUGUCUGGUAAUUUUGGUCAGCCCCAGCGGCCCCCUCAUCACAUGGAGCCCUUUAGGAACCAGCCACCUCAAGGCCCCCAAGACAGAGAGCCCCUCUUUAUGGGAGAACGCACAGAGUCAACACGGUUUCCAGGGCAGCACAUGUUUGAACACCAGGGCCCCGGUCCUCUGAUGAACAGCACCCACAACAUCCACCACCAGCAGCAGCACCAGCAGCUGCCCGGCCAGGGCCACAUGGGUUUCGGCCCACCCGGACCACCCUUUAACCAGUCAGGCCAGGGUCCGCUAGGACUUUUUCCGAGAGAACCCCCAAGGCCCAACCUCCCUCCACACCAAGGUCAUCAGGGGAUGGUCGGCUUGAAUCAACAAGGUGGCCCCCCCAACCAGCCAAGACCCUUCAUGGACCCUCGUCAGCCUUUUGGCCAGCAGGGGAACCUUUUCCCCCCUCCACAAGUCCAGUUUGGGAUGCAGGUACGACUAAGAGGCUUAAUGCAUGGCCCUCCUGUCUCUCAACUUCAGCAUCACAGCCUCUUGCCAUCCCAUCAGCCCAUGCAGCAGCAACAUCAUAGACAGGAUUUACCCCAUCAUCAGCAGCAACAUCUAAAUGUCAAUGAGCCCCGCUCCAUGAUGCACCAUGGUCAGAAUCUCUUCCAUCAACAGCAUGCUCAUGGUAGCCCCAGGCAGAUGACCCCCCGCCCUCAGAACUCACAACAGCGCAACAUGUCCAACAGGCAGAGGAUGAGCACACCUGUCUCCAAACAAAUCCAGCAUCGCAACAGCAACCUGCGGGAGCUCCCUGUAGCACCUGGCAACACAAACAUGAACAAUGCCCGCCCCACUGCCAACGUUAGGGCUGUUGCCAAGGCAACGCAGGGGGUGCGUCCUGGGCAGAACACUCAGCUGGUGCCUGGUGGUGGCAGAGGAAGAGGCCAAGUUGCUGCCAAGAUCGAAUCACAGCCUGGGGGAGCAGGCAGGACAGUGGUUCGCAAGGAAAUCCCAAGCACACUGUCCAGCACGGCACCACAGGACCCUGAUGAGGAUGAGGAGACACGGCAGUACCGUCUGAAGAUUGAAGAACAGAAGCGUCUGAGAGAGGAGAUCCUGAAGAGAAAGGAGAUGCGACGGCAGAUGCAGGCUGGAGUUAGAAAGAAGGAGCUGCUGGACAGGCUCAAUGCCCAGACUCCUAGCCAAGGCCCAGCUCCUUUACAGAUUCAACCCUUACAACAAAAUCAACAAAUACCACACCCUGUACAACAGCCACAGCCGCAGCCGCAGCAGCAACAACUACUGCAGCCACAGCAGCAACAACUACUUCAGCCACAACAGCAAAGACAGUUGCCUCAGAGAACCCAAUCAUUAAAUCCAUCAUUUAAGAAUUCUAACCAAGCCACCCCCAUCCCUCCCAACACCACUCCUCAAAUCCCUACACCACGUCCCAAUGUCAAGACACGCCUGCAGAUGGUUAAAGGUAGUGCCCAGCAGCAACAGACCCCUGGGCCUGUUCCAGACCAGCAAUGGAAACCGCCUCAACAAAAUCAGCAGCAAUUGCAACAACAGCGAAGAAGCAGUGCUGUGCAGAACAUUAACAUGCCUGGUGUUCAGAUCAAGGCCAGUCAGGUCCCCCAAAAGAUAAUACCUGUAAUUCCUUCUGUGGGCACUGGCCAGGCUCAGGCUCCAACUCAAGGACCUAUACCUGGGACUAAAAGAACUGUGAUGCAGCGGGCCAAGAAUUCUGGUUUCGAGGACCAGCAGGUGCCCACAAAAGUCAGAGUUGUCAAACUUUCAGGAGCGAGUGGAAAGGGGCCAGUGGCAGCCGGCGGCCCAUUGCAGCAACGAGGCACCUGUACAUCAACCCCGCUCAACCAGGCUGUGCAAAGAAAGGUUACCAUGACAGCGCAGCAGCAACAGGGACCAGGCGCAACACCACAGGCUGGCCGAGGGGUUAUGGGCAACCAACAGCAAAACAGGGUUGUCGUUUCGGGACGGGGACGAGGUAGAGGGGGUAGUCAGAUGGGUCGAGGUCGUCCAAUGUCCACCAGACAGAGCCAAAAAGGAGCAGAGAGCGAACGCUGCACUGUGUCCAUAAAGGGCCUCUCCUCAUCCACAACUGAUGUUCAACUGCAGAAUCUUCUUAUGUCCAUCGGCCCGAUAGAGAUGUUCAAAAUGAUGCCCCAGCAGAGAAAAGCAAUCGCCACAUUUUCCAGUCCCCAGCAUGCGGCAAGUUUUCAAAUGAGCUUCCAUAGGCACAUGAUUGAUUUGUCCCACAUUGAUGUGUCGCUGAUUGAUGGAUGAGGAGCACAAAACAGCCAGGGAGUCUUGUUACAAGAAGUCACUUUCUCCCAACGUGGGAGUCUCUUGUGCACAACUCCAGCCUGGCAUAGGAAUAUUUCUUCAGCCCUUUGUGGUUACACACCAACGUCUCUGCACAGAACCAUCAUUCAUCUCCUAUCAACUUGGAACAGUGAUCAUAAAGACCUUAGCUGUGAGCAUGUCGUAUGACUUUGUUUAUCAACUGUCCAUUGGUGUAAAAUAGCACUGAAGAGACACUGGACACUUAAACCUACUUUGAUGUAGUUUGUGAAAAACGUUUAGUGCAUCUUUCUAAGUAGAAUUUUUCAUGGGAUAAUGGUUGCUCCCCUCCUCAGUUAGACUAAUUAAUCAAACA